ACGAAUCCUACCCAAAAGCUGCUGUCGCCGCUCUGCAAACAUGGCCCCCCCGGACGAGUGGCCGAUUCAAGACAUUGUCUACACAUCCAUCGUCGGAGUCAUCAUGAUCAUGGCAUGCCUCGAAUGGUUCCUCUGGCUCGCGGCCUUUGUUUACUGCCUCGUCAAGGUCUGGCAAAAAUCAGAGCAUUGGUCUAUCAACAUGCUCUGCAUCAUUGUCGGUCUUUCAUUCAUCCUAUUCCGCAUCAUCUUUCUCCCCAUCAUGGUGGUUACGCUUCCGCUUCCUGGCCAGGUCACUCGACUCUGGCCGGAGGAGAUGGUGGCCUCUCUACAGUGGUUCGCCUUCUGGAGCUUCGCUAUCCUCCUCAAUGUCCCCUGGCUUUUAUGCAUCUACCAGCUGGUGACAAAUCAACUUGGUCGGACUAAGCGCAUCAAGGAAAUACUCGACGAUGUCACGGCUCCCAAAGUAGUCAUCGUCAUGCCUUGCUACCGAGAAGAGCCCGAAGUUCUCAUCACAGCUGUCAACUCCGUGGUUGACUGCGACUACCCGGCAGCCUGCAUCCACGUUUUUCUAUCCUUUGACGGCGAACAAGAGGACGAGCUAUAUCUGAACACCAUUGAUAAACUCGGCGUGCCUUUGACCAUGGAUUCGUACCCUAAGAGCAUAGACGUAACAUACCGAGCAGCGCGAGUCACUGUCUCACGUUUCCCUCAUGGCGGUAAGAGACACUGCCAAAAAUCAACGUUCAAGCUCAUCGACAAGGUAUAUGAGCAGUACCUCAAGCGGAAAGACAACCUCUUCAUUCUCUUCAUCGAUUCGGAUUGCAUACUAGAUAAGGUAUGCCUCCAGAACUUUGUCUACGACAUGGAGCUCAGUCCCGGCAAUACUAGAGACAUGCUGGCCAUGACUGGAGUCAUUACUUCGACAACAAAAAAACACAGUCUCAUCACCCUUCUGCAAGACAUGGAGUACAUCCACGGGCAACUGUUUGAGCGGACAGUCGAGUCGGGCUGCGGCUCCGUCACCUGUCUUCCUGGUGCUUUGACGAUGUUGCGUUUCUCGGCCUUUCGUCGAAUGGCGAAAUACUACUUUGCAGACAAGAUGGAACAAUGCGAAGACUUGUUCGACUUUGCUAAAUGCCACCUGGGAGAGGAUCGCUGGCUCACGCAUCUCUUUAUGAUUGGAGCCAAGAAGCGCUACCAAAUUCAGAUGUGCACGUCUGCAUUUUGCAAAACCGAGGCCGUGCAGACCUAUCGGUCCCUGGUUAAGCAGCGGCGUCGAUGGUUCUUGGGCUUCAUCACGAACGAAGUCUGUAUGUUAACAGAUUGGAGACUCUGGAAGCGGUACCCGUUCCUGAUAUUUGUCCGGUUUUUACAAAACACGAUUCGAACGACGGCUCUGCUCUUUUUCAUCAUGGUGUUUUCACUAAUUACAACGGUAAAAAAGGUGAAUGACCUGCCUGUUGGGUUCAUCGCUAUCUCUCUCGGACUCAACUGGCUGCUGAUGCUGUACUUUGGAGCCAAGUUGAGGCGGUUUAAGAUUUGGUUGUACCCGCUUAUGUUCGUUUUGAACCCGUUUUGCAACUGGUAUUACAUGGUGUACGGGAUCUUUACCGCAGGACAACGAACAUGGGGCGGGCCGCGAGCCGAUGCGGCGGCGGCCGACUCCCACACGACAGCACGGGAAGCAGUUGAACAAGCUGAAGAACAGGGGGAUGAACUCAAUGUAGUUCCGGAGACGUUCAAAGCCGCACAUGUGGCUCGCAGAGCAGCCUCCAAGCCAGAGUCGGCUUCGUCGAGUGGGCUUGAACGAACAGGAAGUGUGGUCCGACCUCCUGACAAGAUUGACGGCCGAUUCUCGGCGAGGCAGAGAACAGCGGCAGGAACAUAUGCACACCUCGACGAGUGCGAGGCGAAUCUCGAUGUCGAGACUGGGCUGUCUGGCCGCAGAGACUUGCACCGGCAGCAAGAUGAUAGGCACCGGCGAAACUCUCUGGACAGCACCUUAUCCGACGCAACAGCAGGCAAUGAAACCGUCACAUCACAACAAGUAGAGGUCUUCAUGGACGACGAAGACCGCCGAAAGUAUGAGAUUGCGCGGUUACUGAAGUGGGGAAGUUCGAGCGUUACUCCAGAGAGAGGCACGCAAGAGGGACUCGAGCUAAUGGAUGUUCCUGUGAGAGCAGCGGGUUACCUGACAGCAGUAGAACCGAGACCUGCUAAUUGUCAGUAUGAUAGAGUUCCGGUGGGCAACGCGACCUCGAGAGUCUCUGGGGAGGGUACGGCGAGAGCGUUGAGAGCGAGUGAACAAGGCAUGACAUCGGGGCAACCUGUUAGAGGACAUCAUACGUCGUUUGCAAACCGAAUAACACGCGUCCAACAGAUGGUCACUCGAUUGGAGGACGGGAAGUUUGGAGCUGAGAAGAAGUGAGAGGGAAGAAAAGGAGAGGAGUUGUGUUGGGAUGUCGGAAGAAGCGGAAGGAUGAGCGAUGAGCCGCUUCAGGAGCGAUGACAUAUUUUCUGUUUGUGCGCUAAAUCAAGUUGCUAAC